AUGUCUCUGAGCGUCGCAAGAAUCUUGGAGCCCAAAGGGGCGUGGUUAAAGUUGAAAAUAACAGUAAAAAAGAAAAAUGUACCCCUCAUGAGUUGGCAGGAAAAUAUUGGCUUAGGCAAUAUCAGCAGAUGCACCUAAUCGCUAGAGGGAGCUAGUACUUCUACGACCGUCUCAUUACCCGUAGAAAAAAAUCCUACAAGAGCCAACGAAAAAAACAGCGAAGACGCCGAAACCUGUAGAACUUCUAAUCCCUCUGAAGAAGAAAAAGAAGUAUUACGUGCUAGUGAUACAAAUUUUCUCAGCAACACUAGUAAAACUGAGAAUAAAAACAAAGAUACUACAGUUCCCGACGACAUUUCUGAUACUCUCGAUCCAGAGGAAACUUCAGAAUGUUUAAAUAUUUUUAAGGACAUCGGUAACUGGCCUCUGCCUCUUCCUAAAAAUUUUAGACUAGAAAUGAUAAAAAAAGGAAGCGAAUAUUUUCAAAAUAAAGAGGGACCCUUUGCUAAUGUUGUAAAGCAAGGUGAAAACCCUAAAGGUUCAAAACGAAAUUUGUCGACAGCUUGGUUUUACAAGAAACUUCCAAACGGUGAAAAAAUUUUAAGAAGUUGGAUGAUUUAUUCAAUAUCCAAGCAAAAACUUUUUUGUUUUUGCUGCCGAUUGUUUUCAAUUGACCAAGAUAAAUGCACAUCUAAAUUUAUCACCGGAUUCAAUGAUUGGUGGAAGCUAAACCCCAAAGUAUCGGAUCACGAAAAUUCACUAUACCAUAUAGCAAAAUGGAAGACAUUACAAACAGGACUGGCUUCAAAUAGUACAAUUACCACCCAUAGAUUACGCUUACAUGAACUAGAAGUAAAAAAGAAGAGGGAUAUCCUUAAAAGAUUGUUAGAUAUAAUACUUUUUCUCGCUAAGCAAAACCUAUCUUUCCGCGGUCACCGAGAGGACAAAAAUUUUCAAAAUUGA